CUAACACGACGUCACACAGAUGACACCAUUUAUUACAUCCGCCUUCUUCAAUGUUUAUUUCAAUUUUUACCACUACCUACCUACCUCUUAUGUGAGACAUUCGGUAGUAAGCCUCCUUCAAAAUAUAAGAGUAAAAAGCAUCACGCCGCGCAGUCGCUAGCUGAACCUCUUAUGUACCUACAUUUAUGGCAUCAGGGCAUUCGAGAUCUGGAUAGGGUGAUGUCUGAGCGUUCCCCAUUACCCGCCAAUGAUUGGCCAUACUAAAUCUGUCGACUUUGCCGCAGGUCUGAAACGCACGAGUUUCACAGGGAUUGUUACUAUCGAUUACUUACGUUUCUCUUACCCUUAGGUAAUUUUCAUUAUUGCACACCCAUUGCCCAAACCAACUUGGUUGCUAAUUUCCCUCCCUUUUUCCUAAUCUUGCGAAAGUGAAGCUAUCAUUACAAUUUCCCUUCUUUUCUUCCUUCUAGUGUGACUGGUGCACCAUAAUAUUGUCUUGUCUUCCUAGCGCCUAGUUUCGUUUACUCAUCCAUUCGCUCAAUUUAUCUACUCGAUACCCUUUCAACUUCAAAUCGAAUACUCGAACAACUCCUUCACCAAUUCCAAGACCGUCGCGAAGCCAAGCACAGUUCAAAAUGUCUCAACAAAGCUCCAAUCUACCGAGCCCACCAGGCGGUCAAUUUGGAUUCAUGUCCAAGAUUGGUGCCACAGAUGCGGCCGUCCGUACUUUAAACGACCAGCCGUACCUGUUCACUAUUCUCGUUGUCGUCCUCAUCACGCUCAUCCUUGAGAGCGUUUUUAUAUGGUUCAUCCACUACGCGACUUUGAAGCCCGAGCAGAAGAAAAAAAAGGAACCCAAAGGGGGCAAGAAAGCAGGAGGAAAGCCACCGGCAGCUCGAUAAAAGGACUUCUGUCGUAAGACGGCUCUGAUACGAUAUUUGGAAGUAUUGUAACAAUUUAAUUGGGAUAAAAUCCGGCAAUUAUACUUUUUUUUUUAACGACCAUCCGCCACCGCCGCCUUCGUCGGGAAAACACGAUGCAUCGAGACGUAGAUGUUUUAAGGAGGCAAAUAGGGUUCUGAGUGUUUAGUGUUUGGGCGAAAGGGUAGAACAGAACGAUAAGGAUAGCAUCUAGAGACGCUUCGACGACAGCAGGCCGCGUCUAGCACUCAUAAUUAUUGCGUAUUUACUCGGUUAUAUGGUCUAUCAAUAUUGUCAAUACAUAUCUAUAUCCUGAGAACUUGUUGUUCCUCUCUGAGCUCAUGGCUUUGGUCUAUCACUCUUUCAUCUAUCUCACAGGGGUAACCAUCUCUGCUCUUAUACAUGUGUUGUUGCAUAUCGUCCCAGAGCGCAUGUCGAGUGUUAUAUGGCAACUCAUCUGUAGAAUUGCAAAUGCC